UUACCCAUGUCCGUGUGUGAUACGAGGAUUUACGAUCGAUACGAAUAUCAUUUAAGAUGGAUUUUGUGUUUAUUUUUGUUAGACGUCAAUCGUAAAAUUUCCUUUCGAUUCAUUUCCGGUAUCAUAAAAUCCGCAUCAAUCCAUCGAUAAAACCUGGUAGCAGAAAUGAUCGAGGAUAUUUUUGAGCAUUUGAGCAUUUGCAAUGAAGAACAUUCACAAAAUGCAAUCACAGUGUGAUGUGGUGAAUACGUAAAAGAGAAUAUCUUGAAUUCAAACAACGUUUAAAAGUGAUCAUGAAUAAUAAUGAUUUUAUUCAGAUACACACAUUGAGUUACUAUUAUCUUCUGGUAAAUAUCUGGAUCGAAUAAUUUCGAGAUCGAAGUAGAAUCUUUCCGAGGAUUUUACUUUAAUUACAAAGGGGGAAAAAAAAGAAAAAAAGAAAAAAGAAAAAAAAAAAAAGAAAAAAGAAAAAAGUCAGAAUUAUGAAGAAGAAGAAAAUCUCCGAUAAUGUCGGGAGUAUUACGAGAUGAGAUGUGAUAGAAAGAAAGAAAAGAAGAACAAAAAAAUAAGAAAGAAAAACAAAAAGAAAUAGAGAAUGAUGCCGUUGAAAAAUACAAGAUAUCAUAUAGUGAUCGUAUACUCGGAAUCUAGAAAAUUAAUAGAAUAUAUAUGGGUGUACCCUGGCAAAGGGCCCACAAAGACUUGAGAGAGAAAGAGAGAGAGAGAAAAAGAGAAAGAGAAAGAGAGUGAUGCGGUGUACACUAAAUUUAAACCAACGGGCUAAUCGGUAGGUUGCGCGGACUCGCACUUGACUGGCACGUUGUGACGAUGGCUAAGGCAAAGACGACAACGAAGAGAACGAUGACAAGACGAAGAGAGAAAAAGAGAGACAGAGAGAGAGAGAGAGAGAGAGAGAGAGAGAGAGAGAGAGAGAGAGAGAGAGAGAGAGAGAGAGAGAGCGGUUCUAAGAUUCUCGAGGAUGAAUCAAGGCGGUGAACACGUUUUGUUCUUGGCUCUCGCGUAUAUGUAGCGAUGUGUGGUGUGGUGUUCCCCUUCUCAGGGAGAAGUAUGGUAGGGGAGUAUUUAGAAGCAGGUGUGGUUGAGUCAGCAUCCCCGAUAUAGAACUUCGUUUGUUUAGUAGAGAGCCGACUCCCUGCGGAGGAGCACCUUAACGUCCACGAAUUAUCCAGCGCGAAACACGAGCCACAUCGUUGAUACACGGCGGACGCUUGAUUUGAAAUUUUUCACGAAAUCCCUUUUUGUGCGAUGUACAUUGCUCGAACGAAGCAUCGUUCAACGAUACGACGUUCUACCUCGAACAUGAUCUUUGUGACGUGCUUUUUUUUUUCAAUGAUCUAUUCCUUGGAAAGAUCUUAAUUGGAUUGAAUUAUAUCAGAGAUUAUCUCGUUCGAAUGUAAAGGGAAAAGGAGAAACUCGUUGGACAAGUCGGAACGAUAAUCUUUAACGGAUGAACAAUAUGUGCGACGAUUAUCCGAAUAUCGUAGGAACCGACACUUUGAAGCGUUGCUGGGUAUUACUGCGUACCAGCACUACCAGCGAGGACUUGGAUAAUGUGUACCGUCUAUUAGAUGCGGAUUUAAGACCUCUUACACCGGACCAUACGUGCGAACGUUCCCGUGAAAUCUUCGAAGAGCAUAAACAAUUAGCGCAGGAAUAUUUAAAAGUACAAACGGAAAUAGCUCUAUUGGGACAGCAUAAGAAUGAGAUGUUAAAAAAUCUAAGCAUAGAUAAUCUACGGCAACAGCAAGAGUUACGAAAGUUAGAGGAUGAAAAGGAAUCUCUGGUGAAGCUAUAUCGAAAUUUAAAACGGCAAUUAGAGAUAAUGAAAAACAAGAGGACAAGUAACAAUCCUGUAAAUAAUUGUAUACCAACGAUAAGUCCUGCCGUUUCUGGUAAUAAUGGGUGGGUUGUGGUGCCGCGACAAGAUCCUUGAAAACUAUUUAAUCGCAAGAAUGUGAAUUUUUAUCGAAUAUAUAUAUAUAUAUAUAUAUAUAUAUAUAUAUAUAUAUAUUUAUAUAUAUAUAUAUUGGUAUAUCUUGGUUUUUAUAAAACAAGGAGUUACGAAUUUGAAACGAUACGGAUUUAAUUCGACAAAUCGCAUUAAUUUACUGCAUUUGGAACUUAACAUUGGUUAUUAUCCUUUAAAUCUCUAUUUAUCUUGGCUGAUUGCCUGCCUAAUGUGUGUUGAGCCGCGAUUGUUCCUUAAUAGUGAUUAAAAGUAUCUAUGGUGUUGUACAAUAAGAUAAUUUACCAUCUAAAUAAGCUAUUUAAAAUAUCGAUAUGAGAAUCGUAGAAAAAGAAAAAAAAGGAAGAAAAAAAAAGAGGAAAAAAAGAAAUGAUCGGUUCUAAAACAUACGUAUAGAUCUUUCCUACUAAGAAAUAUAUGUCUAUAUUGAUAAUAAAAUAUUUUCGUUUUAGAAUAUAUAGAAAAUAAGAGUGAAAACGGCCAAGUACUUAAUAUGUCGCAUAAAUACGUAAAGAUAAAAUAAUAUGCACGUUUAUUUCGUCGCUUAUUUCAAUUUUUUUUUUAUUUUAAUUACGACAUAGAGUAUAUUGGCAUUAUAACAUAUUGUAGAGCUUCCUUAUACAUUUUAAUAAUUGAAUUUUUAGUUUCAUUUUUUGUACAGUUUUAAAAGUCAAUGUAUAAUAAUAUGUAUUCUUACAUUUUCAAAGUGUGAUAUUUAAAGGAAGUUCAUAUUUUUGUUAAGUAGUAAUGUUUAAAGUAAUCCUGUGAAAUAUAUGUAUAUUAUGGUAAAGUA